CAUUUGUUUAUUUCUCUCUCUCUUCUUUUUGUUCGGAAAAUGCUUUCGGCUGUGUAGGUGUUGGGGAUGAUUGUCCUACCAUAGUGAAAUGCAUACUUUUCGAUUGCAAAUUAUUUGGACGCAUACAGUUCUAUAUGUGUGCCGUAUGCCGUUAGGUGCUAGUGACUCUUAUUUCAGAGUAAGGCGUGUGUAUUUUAAUUUUUUCUUCUGUUUUGAGACUUCUACUGUGGAGAAAAAGCUUUACGUUAACAACCAAACAAGAAAAGAGAACGCGGAGCAUUAUGUGGGGAUGGGUCAGCCGGCAGGCAGCAGUGGUUUAUAUUGAUUGGGAUAGUGGCAAGGAAUAAAAACGAGUGGCUGAAAUAGUGCUCCAGUCUAAGCAUUUUCAAGCAACUGUCACUUUAAAAAUCACUGUUGAGUAGAAAAAAUAGCAUUGCAAAACGGUCGUAUCGGUGUUAUAUUGCUAGUCAUAUCCGGUGCAAUGCUGCUUUUCGGAUGGUUAUCGGUGCUCUUGCUAGCAGUUUUAUUCCUUUAUAACAGCACUGCUAUAAUCCACAUGAAUGGCUUAUUGCAUGCAAGAGGGUUUACUAAGAAAAAAAAUUGCAUUAAAAUGACAAUACUUUAUUGCAACUAAAUGCGCACAAAGCUGUGUAAACUGAAAUUAUUAAACCAUAACAAAUGAAAAAAAUCGUGCAAAUAAAUACAUAUACAAAAAUAAAGAAGCUAUCCGAGAAUGAAAAACAUGAUAAUAACAGAACUAUUGAGCCGAAUUGAUGUUUAAAAAAGUACAUAGGAAGUUCUCACAACCACUUCAAUUCCACGCACCGUACGCCGCACAUUAUGCAGGAUUGUUAUUACAUUGACGCUGUGCUCGACCAGUCACCGUGCAGAUCUUUGUGUGCGGUAUUCGAUGCACUUGGAGCUUUGGUGUUGUUUAAGACACCACAUCCAUUGGAAUCAAAGCGCUUAGUAUUCCCUAAAUUGACUAUUUGGAGUAGAACUCUCACUAUACGGGAAAGAAGUGAAUCCUUUACAGAAUUAUUCAAAAAUAACGUUAUUUUCGGAUCGCAAUGAACUUUUCACCAUUUGGUAAUACUUUCCCCGGUACAACCACUAUUCCUGGGUUGCCGCAGUUCACGACAACUGCAGCACCACAAGUUUCGACUGUAACCUCAGCGGCAGCGGUCGCCACUGUAACGUCGCAAGGAGCAACCCAGCAGGAGGAAACUGCCUCCACCAGCGCCCGCUACCAAACACAGCAGCAGCAGCCACAACAGCAACAGCAACAAUCGUCUGCCAACGUAAGUAUGACACACUUUAACCAACCAGCACUACCGAUCGCUGCUGGAACAACCGUCACCGCCAUACAUACAAAGUUCCGCACAUCGGGCGAUGAGCUGCAAGGGGAUAAAUACAACGGACAUUUGGUGACUAUAGAAACAGCAGGCACCAGCGGCGCACAGCAACAGCCACAAUAUGGUAACAUACGAACGUACACUACCCAACAGGCGGAUGAUAAACAUUUGAUUACAGCAGCUAUUGCGUAUCCACAAAAUACGAUUACCGCUUCGUCGUCAACGACAGCGGCAGCGGCAGGUGUAUCAGUCACAAAUGCUACGCAGCAACAUCAGCUGCAUGUUCAACAACAACAAGUGUCUGGACCACAAGAGUUAACACAGGACUUGUGCAACGCCAUUUUACAACAACAAGGUGUGGAUACAAAGCUUGUUCUACAAAAUACCUCAUGGCAAUCGCUAACACCAGGUACCACAGUAGCUGAUUACCUCUCCCAUCUUCCAGCAAACACACUACCAUUGUCGCUACAUCAUUUCCUCAAGUAUUCAGCCGAAACGAUAAAGAAAGAAAAUCAGGGUGUAGUACAAACGGGAGCACCUAUUGGCAUCAAUACCAUUGGCGGUACAACAACCAUUACAAUACCUCAACAACAAACGGAGGCGCAAAUACAGCAACAACAACAGCACCAAGGAGCAACAACAGUACACCUACAAGCAGAUGCGUCGACUAGCGACGCUGCUGCAAUGGCCCCAACCUCAGCUAUUAGUGCAACUAAUACAUCGAAAAAGAAGAAACGAAAAAAACGUCCUAAGGAUCGGAAGCCAAAAUUGAGACCUGGCGAAAUUCGGCUUACAACAGCUCUGGAUGGAAGCCCUUUAUAUUUGUGCCCCGAAUGCCAGGUUGCAUAUCCCGAGCCGGACUUGCUCGAAAUACAUUUGGUAGGACACAAUCUUGAGAGACGCUAUAUCUGCGAUAUUUGUCAGGCGGCCUUGAAGCGCAAAGAUCAUCUGACGCGUCAUAAACAGUCUCAUAAUCCAGAAAGACCUUAUAUAUGCACAGUCUGUUUAAAGGCAUUUAAACGGAAAGAACAAUUGAGUUUGCACUUUGUGAUACAUUCGGGAGAAAAACGUCACUUAUGUCACGAAUGUGGUAAAGGUUUCUACCGCAAAGAUCAUCUGAGAAAACACACACGUUCGCAUAUUGCACGCCGUGUAAAAGCUGAGCUUAGCAUGCAGAAUGAAAGCGAACAUGGAACGAGUAUGCUACAACCAAUCACUGUGGCAACAAUUACUGAGGUACAACCCCAGUCCUCAAGUUCGGCACAACAACAGCAUUCAAGUAAUCAGCAACAACAACAACAACAACAGCAGCAACAACAGCUCCAGCAACAGAUGCAUACACAACAAAUGCAACAUGUUGUGGUAACACAACAACAACAGCAACAAAUGCUUAAUUAGCCCAAUGGCGGCAAUGAUUUUUGUAAAGUCAGUUGAAAUUCAAUAUUGAUUAUUAGGAACUGCUGGAGACUAAAUUAAGAAAAACAAAAUUUUAAAAUUAUAACCUGCAGCUUUGCUGGGGUUUGCUCUAAAUUAUCUUUUUGAGUUUUUUUAGUAAUCGUAUUGUUAUAAACACGUCUAUUGAAAGAACUUGUGUGUAUUUUUGACCUAAUUAUGCACUUGCGAAACUCAUGAAAUAUAUUACUCUAUGCUUCAUGUUA